AUGGUGUGCCGGUCCAAUAAAAGUCCGUGGGUCUGUCUGACGUGCUCGAGUGUCCAUUGUGGAAGAUAUGUGAAUGGCCAUGCAAAAAAGCAUUAUGAAGACGCACAGAUUCCUAUGACCAAUCAUAAGAAAGCAGAAAAACAAGAGAAAGUUCAACAUACUGUGUGUAUGGAUUGCAGUAGUUACAGUACAUACUGUUAUCGCUGUGAUGAUUUUGUAGUCAAUGAUACCAAGCUGGGCCUGGUACAGAAGGUCAGAGAGCACCUACAGAACUUGGAAAAUUCAGCCUUUACAUCAGACAGACAUAGGAAGAGAAAACUAUUGGAAAACUCAUCUCUGAACAGCAAGUUAUUAAAAGUAAAUGGAAGCACCACUGCCCUCUGUGCCACAGGCCUUCGGAAUCUUGGGAAUACAUGUUUCAUGAACGCAAUCCUGCAGUCGCUUAGUAACAUUCAACAGUUUUGCUGUUACUUCAAAGAGCUGCCUGCUGUGGAGCUGAGGAAUGGGAAGACAGCAGGCAGGCGGACUUACCAUACCAGGAGCCAGGGGGAUAACAAUGUUUCAUUGGUGGAAGAAUUCCGAAAGACACUCUGUGCUUUAUGGCAAGGAAAUCAAACUGCGUUUAGUCCAGAGUCUUUAUUUUACGUUGUUUGGAAAAUCAUGCCAAAUUUCAGGGGAUACCAGCAACAAGAUGCCCACGAGUUCAUGCGUUACCUGCUAGACCAUCUACACCUGGAACUCCAGGGCGGCUUCAACGGUGUUUCACGUUCAGUCAUUUUGCAAGAAAAUUCUGGUCUGUCUGCAAGCAACAAAUGUUGUGUAAAUGGAGCGUCUACUGUGGUCACAGCAAUUUUUGGAGGCAUCCUUCAAAAUGAAGUCAACUGCCUAAUAUGCGGGACUGAAUCUAGAAAGUUUGACCCAUUCCUAGACCUUUCACUGGAUAUUCCAAAUCAGUUCAGAAAUAAACGUACUAAAAAUCAAGAAAGUGGACCAAUGUGCACACUACGAGACUGUCUUCGCAGUUUUACAGACCUGGAAGAACUUGAUGAGACAGAGCUCUAUAUGUGUCACAAAUGCAAAAAGAAACAGAAGUCCACCAAAAAAUUCUGGAUUCAGAAACUACCAAAGGUGCUAUGCUUACACUUGAAGCGAUUUCACUGGACGGCAUAUCUGAGAAACAAGGUUGAUACUUACGUGGAGUUUCCCUUACGAGGCCUAGACAUGAAAUGCUACUUGUUAGAGCCCGAGAACAGCGGCCCCGAAAGCUGCCUGUACGACCUCGUGGCUGUUGUGGUGCAUCAUGGUUCAGGCGUGGGCUCUGGACAUUACACCGCAUACGCAGCUCAUGAAGGCCGUUGGUUCCAUUUCAACGACAGUACUGUAACUUUGACCGACGAGGAGACUGUGGUAAAGGCCAAGGCCUACAUCCUCUUCUACGUGGAACGGCAAGCCAAAUCCGGAUCAGAUAAACUUUAAUACCUCCUUCCAAUUCUCACUUACCAAGUCCACCGGACAAAACAUUUCCAUUUUUCCGUAAAUACUUGAUCCAAGACUAUUAAUUUCAUUGUGCACUUUUCAAUUUCCUCUUGUGGGUUUUAGUUUUCUUGUGUCAAUGGUAGCGUUUGACUUAAUGAACUUGGACACAAACUAACUUUUUUUUUAGUUAUACCAGAAAACCUCAGCAGAUUUUGAUUUGCUGCUUUAGUUGUGAUAACUCAAUUUUUAUAUAUAUAGUUUCCUGAAAUACUUAGUUAUUUGACUUUUUUAUAUUAAUGUUUUCAGUUCUCACUUUCUAAAGGCACAUUUACAUCAGAGAAGCUUUCUGUCCUCCUUACAAGCAAGAUAAAUGUGCUUCUCAUUAUGAAGAGCAAUACAACUUCAUGCUGGUCUCACAGCUGUUAUGUAGAUACGAUUUAACCUCUUUAAAUCAAGGAAGUUUUCACAUGUACUAUUUUCCCUCCUGCAAGAAACUAAACAGUGACCUCUGAACAAUCAUUCUUUGUCUGCAGAAG